GCCGGAGGAAGGCGUCUUGAGGCGGAAGGAGAGCUCGCGUGCGUGGUUAGCCCGAGAGAAGCUCUUCGUCUGCCCAUGGCGGGGAGGCGCCUGUGAGGGGGCCGCCCCGCACUAUGUACGCCCGUCACCUCCUCCUCCUUUUCCUCCUCCUCCUCCUGAGAGACUGAUCAGCGGCCGAGCAGCUCACAGAGCCUCGGCGGUGGGCUCAGGCGGCUGCGUGGCCGGCCGGCCGGCCUGGAGUGAUAAAGGACGGUUCCGCUAUGAACCUGCACCAGGUGCUAACGGGGGCUGUCAACCCCGGGGACAACUGCUUCUCCGUGGGGAACGUCGACGGCCACCCUUUCACGGCUUAUGCAUCAGGAUGUGACAUAGUGAUAUUGGGGACAGAUUUUGAAAGAUUACAAAUAAUUCCUGGAGCAAAAUAUGGAAAUAUACAAGUGGGGUGUGUAGAUUGUUCCAUGCAGCAAGGGAAGAUUGCAGCUACUUAUGGAAAUAUAAUUUGCAUCUUUGAGCCAAUCAAACAUCUAAAGCAGAAGAAGAACCAUAAUUACGGAUUAUUUUAUCAAUGGCAGAAUUCAGAUCAGAUUUGCUUGGAACAUGUUGUGCAUAAUUUAACCUGGGAUCCCACAGGCUCUCGUCUAUUGACUAGUUCCAGUUGUUUGCAGCUUUGGUCAAAUAUCAGUUUUGAAAAUCUGUCAGAAAAUGAAAAUCAUGAAAAAGCUGAUACUCGGAACUGGAAAAUCAUCUGGCAGAGCAAAACUGCUUCUCAAGUUCAUCUAAUGAUGUUUUCACCAGAUGGAGAAUUUUUUGCUACUGCAGGGAAGGAUGACUGUCUUGUAAAGGUGUGGUAUAACACUGAUUGCUGGAAAUCAGUAAUUGCAUCCCAACAUACAACACCAGAAACCACAGUGCAGGAACUCAGUUUUUCAUUUAUUUAUCUGGUUCAUCCUCGGUCUGUUGAUGGUUUUUCAUGGAGAAAGACAAGCAACUACAUGCCUCGUGGUGCUGUGUGUAAUGUACUGCUGACCUCCUGCAAAGACAAUAUAUGCCGCCUCUGGGCAGAGACUCUGUUGCCUAAUGAUAGCCUUUUAUAUGAAGGUGGAUAUAACCAUUGGCCUGAGCCAGUGAAAUUAAAUAACUUUAAGAGGAAUGCUUCUAGCAAAGAAAGCAUGAAAAAUGCUUUAGAGUUAAAUCUAAGACCUUUCCGACGAGGAAGAAGAAGAUCAAUAGCACUUGCACAUACUGGAUACUUGCCCCAUCAACAAGACCCUCAUGUAGUUCAUCGAAACAGCCCAUUACAGUCAAAUGCACUUUGCCAUUUCCACAUUGCUGCCAGCAUCAAUCCAGCCACAGACAUUCCCCUGCUCCCUUCUAUCAUGUCUCUGAGUCUUAAUGAAAGUGAAGAAAAAAGUGGUCCUUUUGUAGUGCACUGGCUAAAUAAUAAAGAACUACAUUUUACCCUAUCAAUGGAGGUUUUUUUACAACAGUUUAAAAGAAAUUUUGAGCAUAUUUCCUCAGAAGCCAGCACUGAAGAACCUAAUCAGAUGACUUUUAGAUCUGAUGAAGAAACCGAUGACAGUAGAGAAGAACAGAGAAGAAAUCAAGAACAGAAAGAAUUUCCUGGUGAAAAACCUGUUUUAAAUUCAAGCUCCAUUCCCUUGUCUUCAGCUGUUAUUGAUCAUGAAAUUGAAAUACAACUAGCUGAAUGGAAUAAAAAUGCAGACAUGCUAUUUAGCAUUCAUCCUAUGGAUGGAUCAUUGCUUGUAUGGCAUGUUGAUUGGCUAGAUGAAUACCAACCAGGCAUGUUUCGUCAAGUACAGGUGUCGUUUGUUUCAAGGAUUCCUGUUGCCUUUCCUACUGGUGAUGCAAAUUCACUUUGCAGAAGUAUAGUGAUGUAUGCUUGCACAAAAAAUGUUGACCUUGCUCUUCAGCAAGGCAAACAAAAACCAUCUAGCCUUGGUCGCUCCUGCUCUAUGUUAAUUUCUUCAGGUCAUAGCAAAUCACCCAACAAUGUAAAACUAAGCAUCUUCACCCCAAAUGUUAUGAUGAUUUCCAAGCAUGCAGAUGGAUCUCUAAACCAAUGGCUAGUCAGCUUUGCAGAGGAAUCUGCUUUUUCAAAUGUACUCAGUAUUUGCCACAAAUCACGAUACUGUGGACAUCGUUUCCACCUUAAUGACUUGGCUUGCCAUUCAGUACUUCCAUUGCUACUCACAACCUCUCAUCACAAUGCAGUGAGGAUACCAGUUCUUGAUAGCACAGAAGAGGCAUCUCCAGAACAUCAAAAUAAAAGUUCUGCCUGCACAUCUCAGGAUCUUACUGCUGUUUACAGUGAACUUAUCCUCUGGAGAGUUGAUCCAGUUGGCCCACUGUCUUUUUCUGGUGGCGUUUCUGAACUUGCAAGAAUAAAUUCUCUUCACGUAUCUGCUUUUUCAAACGUGGCAUGGUUGCCUUGCCUCAUACCUAGUUACUGCUUAGGUGCAUACUGUAAUUCACCAAGUGCUUGCUUUGUUGCGAGUGAUGGACAACAUUUGAGACUCUAUCAAGCUAUAAUAGAUGCCAAAAAGCUACUCUGUGAACUAUCAAAUCCAGGAAUUUCUGAUCAUAGAACCUCUGAAGAAACUACCAUCUUUUUCUUGAAUAGGAAAUACGUUGGCAAAUUUUUUAACAUCAUAAGUCAGCAAUCUACAGCUAGACCGGGUUGCAUUGUAGAACUGAAUUCUAUUACAGAGCUGCAUGGUGAGAAAAUGCAGCUACUUCAUGUUUUUCAAGAAGAUUUCAUUAUGAAUAAUCUUGAGAAUAGAUUCUCAGAAAAAGAGUCAAUACUACUUGAUCCUGGAUAUCAGGAAAAUGGAUUUUCUGAAAAAUUCUAUUUAAUUGUAAUUGAAUAUACUCAAAACUGCUCACUGUUACAUAUGUGGAAAUUACAUUUGAAAUCCCUACCAGUCUCAGUGGAUGAAAAAAUAGCUCCUAAGGCAUCUGAAACAGCAUCUCAAGAACAACUGCAUUCUUCUCCGGACCAAGAAAAGCUUCACAGUUCCUUUACAAAGAAAUACCAAGUUUGCAGAGAUAAUCUUCAGAGUACCAGCCAAUUAGUUCUUUCUUCAGAAAUUGUCUAUAGUCGAGAACUGAAUUUACCAGAAGGAGUGGAGAUAGUAAGCAUUAAACCAUCAGCAGGUCACUUAAGUUCUUCUUCAAUUUAUCCAGUCCGCCAAGCUCCUUAUCUUCUUGCAACACUUUGCUCAGAUGGGAAAGUUAGGUUUUGGAGAUGUAGAAUGGCACAAGAAACAGAUGUAUUAGCGAAACCAGAGAAUACUAAGAACAGUGGUACGUAUGUAUGGGAAGAAUGGCCAUUGCUUAUUGAAGAUGGACAUCUUAGUAGCAGUGCUCUUGAAGUGUCUGGGUUAUCUCUUGAAAUUAGCUGCGCUCAUACAAACCGUUUAGCUGUGGCAUACAAGCGAACACCACCCCAAAACAAUAAUUCUCAAGAUUUUUUUGUGAAUGUCGGCAUUUUUGAAUGUGAAUCUACAGGAGGCUCUUGUUGGAACUUGGAGCAAACACUUCAUUUAGAUGAACUAAACCUAACAUUGGAUUCUCUGAGUGUCAAUAGUAGUUCAGUGGGAGUAGGAAAUAAGAAUUUAACAUUCAGAACAAAGCAUUUGGUUCAUUUAGACUGGAUGUCUAGGGAAGAUGGCUCUCAUAUAUUAACAAUAGGCAUUGGUUCAAAACUUUAUAUGUUUGGUCAGUUGGCUGGGAAAAUACAAGAACAAAGUGCUAAGGAAAUGCUUGUACUGCCAGUAUCGGAAAAUGCUAAAACCUCUUGUACAUCUAGAUUUAUACUGUUACGAUGUGUUGAUUUGGUCUCAUCAGUAGAAGGGUCACCUCCUUUACCAGUUUCUUUGUCUUGGGUUCGUGAUGGCAUCCUUGUGGUUGGGAUGGAUUGUGAAAUGCAUGUUUAUUCUCAAUGGCAGCCAUUUUCAAAGCAAGAUCCCAUUACUGCAGACUCUUACAGUGGUAGCACACCAUCUAUAACAAGUUUAGUUAAACAAAGCCAAUCGUCUAGUGUUCUCCCGCUAAAGCGAACAUUAACCCGAUCUAUGGCUAGCUUUGCUCAAAAACUUGGUGGGAAACGAACUGUAUUUGAUCUGUCACUGGAGAUGGAAGAUUCUGGUCUUUUUGAAGCAGCUCAUUCAUUAUGUCCUACUUUACCUCAGUAUCAUCCUGUGCAACUUUUGGAACUCAUGGAUCUAGGGAAAGUACGUAGAGCAAAGGCCAUUUUAUCUCAUCUUGUCAAGAGCAUUGCUGGAGAAGUUAUUGCCUUAAGUGACCCCUGCCAUGAUAAAAGGUAUCGCUCUCUCUCAAUCUGUGCUAGUGGGAGUAGUACAAGAGACCCUAUGACCUUUAACAGAUCUGUAAUAACAGACUAUACAGAAAUAGAUUCUGUUCCACCGCUUCCUUUGUAUGCAUUGCUUGCUGCUGACGAAGAAUGUUCCUAUGCUUGUACUGAAAAGUCAAAUACUCCAAAGAACCUUAACAAACAUGUGACUGAUGAAAAUUAUGAGGAUCUAUUUCAAAAUUCCAGCCUGUAUACAGAUGAACUGACUACAAUUGAAGUAGAUGAAGAUGACAAAAAGCCAAAAGUUAUUGAUCUUUCUCAGUAUAAUCCAACUUACUUUGGACAAGAGCAUGCCCAAGUUCUUUCUCGUCACUUGCUUCAUUCUAGCUUACCAGGACUUACCAGAAUGGAACAGAUGCUAUUGAUGGCAUUAGCUGAUACAAUUGCCAUUACCAGUACUGACAUAGGAGAAAGCAGAGACAGAAGCAAAGGAGGAGAAACACUUGACGAAUGUGGUUUGAAGUUUCUUUUGGCAGUUCGUCUUCACACUUUUAUGACAACUUCUCUGCCACCUGCUCACAGAGCUCAGCUACUAUAUCAAGGUUUGUCUUCGAGUCAUUUUGCCUGGGCGUUUCACUCUAUUGCAGAAGAGGAACUUCUAAACAUGCUUCCUGCAAUACAGAAAGGUGAUCCAACAUGGUCAGAGCUUAGAGCUAUGGGAAUAGGAUGGUGGGUUCGAAAUACCCAUAAUUUGCGCAGAUGCAUUGAGAAGGUCGCUAAAGCAGCCUUUCAAAGAAACAAUGACCCUCUGGAUGCAGCCAUUUUCUAUCUUGCAAUGAAAAAGAAGACUGUAAUUUGGGGGCUAUACAGGUCUCUAAAAGAUACUAAAAUGACACAGUUCUUUGGAAACAAUUUUACUGAGGACAGAUGGCGUAAAGCAGCACUGAAGAAUGCUUUUUCAUUGUUAGGCAAGCAACGUUUUGAACAUUCUACAGCAUUUUUUUUAUUGGCUGGUCACUUAAAAGAUGCCAUUGAGGUCUGCCUAGAGAAAUUAAAUGACAUUCAGCUAGCUCUUGUAAUUGCACGACUGUAUGAAUCAGAAUUUGAAACAUCUGGUACUUACAAAUCAAUUCUUCAGAAGAAAAUUCUGGGAAGUAAGCCUCAUUCCACUGAAAGUCCAUCAAAACCACAUUUUGAUCCUUUUCUCCGAAGUAUGGCUUACUGGAUUUUGGAAGAGUAUGGUCAUGCUCUUGAUACUCUUUUAAGCCAUCCCACUUUGAAUGAUGAAGAUGAAGGAAGCUUCUCAAACUGUAGCCCUUCGGUAUUUAAUUUUUAUAAUUAUCUAAGGACGCAUCCUCUCUUGCUGAGACGCCAUUUCGGGUCUUCUGAUUUAUCUUCCACAAGGAUAUGUGUAACAGGAGAAAAUGGGCUGGCAGAUGAAAUCAAUUUAGAGGAAAGAAAAUUAUUCUUUACUGCAGCAUAUACUCAUUUGAAGUCUGGCUGUCCCAUGUUGGCUUUAGAAGUAUUAUCGAAGAUGCCUAAAGUGGUCAAAAAGUCAAAAUGUUUAAGAAGAACAUUUAGUUUAAGAAACACUAGUAAAGAAUGUUCACCUUCUUCUCCAAUGCCAGUAGAAUCGAAAGAUGGCCAGUUUUUCAGGACUGACAAGUCAGAACCAGUGCUAAAUGGUUUAGGAUCAUUUUCAGAUGUUUCACCAGAUAAACAUUCAGAUUCUGAUGCUUUGUUUGAUUGGAGUCAGCCAGCUGCAGUCUUCCAAGAUGACCCAUUGGAAUUAAAAUGGGACAGUGGCAAAGAUGAGGAGAGUGAGGAUUCUUGCCUUGCAAUGAAACCUUUGCAGAAGAUAACAGGUGAAAAAACGAAUGAAAUUAGUUCUAGCUGCACUGAAACAUACAGUUCAGGAGGUGAAAAUGAUGUCUUAGCUUCAUCAGAAGACAUCAUUUGUGUACAGCUGAAAUUUAGGGCAUGCCUGAAGAUUCUUACAGAAGAACUUAGAACAUUAUCCACUGGCUAUGAAGUAGAUGGUGGAAAAUUAAGAUAUCAACUGUAUAAUUGGCUUGAAAGGGAGGUGGUAGCCCUUCAGAAGACAUGUGAAUACAACAUUGAAGCAGAUGAUUCUCAGAGAGAAAUUAUCCCAGUAAUGGGUGAAAAUUCCUUAAAUGAUAAAACUGAAGACCUGUCAGAUAUGCAUCUAAAGGAAAAUAUUCAAAGAAGACACUGGCUUAUAAAAUACCAAUCACUUUUGCGAAUGUUUCUUAGUUAUUGCAUCCUCCAUGGGUCUCAUGGUGGAGGCUUGGCAUCUGUACGAAUGGAACUGAUUUUGCUUCUGCAAGAAUCUCAACAGGAAUUUUCGGAGCAAUCAUAUAGUAAUAUUGUAUCUGAGCAGAACACAAUACCUCUUCUUUUUGCCUGUACUGCAAGUGCCAAAACAGUGGUGGCCAACCCAUUAUUGCAUCUUAGUAACCUGACACAUGAUAUACUACAUGCUAUUAUUUCUCUUGACUCUCCACCCCACCCAGAUGUACAGAAUAAUAAGAUACAAGUAAUGCACACAUUAGCAGCAUCUUUAUCAGCUUGCAUAUACCAGUCUCUCUGUGGGGGUCAUAACUACAGUUUAUUGCAAGCAAACCAAUUCACGGGAAUGAUUUAUCAGACACUGUUGCUCUCUCAUCGCCAUUCUCUAAGAACAGCAAGUUCAGAUGAAACAAUAACACCAAAUACUACACCAGCUCAAUGGCCAGGAAUAAUGGAUUUAAUACAAUUGCUGAAUCAAGCUGGGGAAGAAGCUCAGUCUGGGAUCACAGUUUUGCUCUGUGAAAUUCUUACUGCAAUCUACCUUAGUCUCUUCAUUCAUGGUCUAGCAACACAUUCCAGCAAUGAAUUAUUCAGGAUUGUGGCCCAUCCCCUUAAUGACAAAAUGUGGUUUGCUGUCUUUGGUGGUGGUGCAAAGAUUCCCAAGAAAGGACCAAUUCAAGAAACAACCAAGAUGGGUAGGCACUUCUCUAUGCCUAGCCCACAUCAGGUAGUAGUAUUUUCUAUGGAAUGCGUGGGGUUUACCAAAUCUCUAACAACCAUCAGUACUCAUAGUCCUACCAAACUUGCAGCCUCUUCUCCUAUAGAUGAUGGUGAGAAACAAAAUAAGCGGUUCAGACUGUCAUCAAAAUCAUCAUCAAAAGAAAAUUCACCUACUAUUUUACCUGGAAAAGAACAAGACUUUUUAAUUUACAAAGAGAAAUUUAUUCCUCCUGAACUUAGUAUUUGGGACUACUUUAUAGCAAAGCCAUAUCUUGGAUCAUCCCAAACUAGAUUUGAAUAUGAUUCAGAUGAAAGUCAGGACAGCAGUGAUGAAGAUGAAGAUGAAGAUGGAGCAUUCUUUUCAGAUUCAAAACUUCAGGAACACUCUAACUCAAAUUCAUUUAGUUGGUCAUUGAUGCGCUUGGCUAUGGUUCAGCUAGUUCUCCGUAACUUGAAAAGUUUCUACCCAUUGGCUGGACAUGAUCUUACAGAACUUCCAGUUUGUUCACCGCUAUGCCAUGCAGUUCUAAAGGCUCUUCAGCGCUGGGAACAAGUUCUUCUCAGACGACUUGAAAUGCAUGGAGGUCCACCGGAAAACUUUAUUUCUAUUCACAUUUUACAAGAUACCUCAUCUUCAGGCCCUGCACUACUUCGCCACAAAGUUUUGCUAGAGCCAACAAACACUCCCUUCAAAUCCAAAAGUCAUUAUGCAUUAUCUGUAAAAAGACUUUGGCAGUACCUUGUUAAACAAGAAAUGGUCCAAGAAACCUUCAUCAGAAACAUAUUUGCCAAAAGAAAGUGUUUAAAUGAGUCAUUAGAAGACCAGGCUGAAUUUACCAAAACUAGUUCAGGAGAAGAAUCAGGAAUCAAUAAGAUAGAGCAUGAUGCAGGAUCUCCUGGAAGUAAAGCAAGAAUUAUCCAUAAAGAGUCUGACAUUAUUACUGCCUUUGCUGUCAAUAAGGCCAACAGGAAUUGUAUUGCAAUAGCCUCAAGCCACGAAAUUCAAGAACUGGAUGUUUCAGGAAUUUUAGCAACUCAGAUCUACACUUGGGUUGAUGAUGAUAUUGAAGUGGAAGCUAAAGGACCUGAUGACUUCUUAGUUAUACAUGCUCGUGAUGACUUAGGAAACAUUCAAGGAACUACUCCUUAUACACACAGCACUCCUGGAACACCAAUCAACAUGCCAUGGCUUGGCAGCACUCAGACUGGCAGGGGUGCUGCUAUGAUGAUCAAGAAGAAUCUCAAUAAUGUCAGAAGAAUGGCUUCUCACCCAACACUACCAUAUUAUUUGACAGGUGCCCAAGAUGGCAGUGUAAGAAUGUUUGAAUGGGGCCAUUCUCAACAACUUGCAUGCUUUCGAUCUGGUGGGAAUUCCAGAAUUACACGGAUGAGAUUUAAUUAUCAAGGCAAUAAGUUUGGGAUCGUUGAUGGUGAUGGACACAUAAGUUUGUAUCAAACAAACUGUAAAGGUUGCCUACAUAAUGAAAGCACACCCAAACCAUACCUGACAUGGCAAUGCCAUAAUAAAACGGCUAGUGAUUUUGUUUUCAUAAGUUCUUCAUCUUUGAUAGCUACUGCCGGGUUAUCUACUGACAACAGAAAUAUUUGUCUGUGGGACACGUUGGUUGCCCCUUCUAGUAGCUUGGUUCAUGCAUUUACCUGUCAUGAUACUGGAGCAACUGUUUUGGCAUAUGCCCCCAAACACCAGCUAUUACUAUCUGGUGGAAGAAGAGGUUAUACCUGCUUAAUAGAUCUUCGUCAAAAGCAACAAAGACAGUUUUUCCAAAGUCAUGAUUCUCCAGUUAAAGCAAUUGCUGUAGAUCCUACAGAAGAAUAUUUUGUUACAGGAUCUGCAGAAGGAAAUAUCAAGGUAUGGAGUCUGUCUAAUUUCAGCCUUCUUCAUACUUUCCUCAAUGAACAUUCUAGACAAUCUAUUUUCAGAAAUCUUGGGACAGGUGUCAUGCAGAUUGAGACAGGACCAGCAAAUCACAUAUUUUCUUGUGGAGCUGAUGGGACAGUGAAGAUGAGAAUUUUGCCUGAUCAGUUUAAUUCAUUUGGUGAAGUGUUGAAAACUGAUGUGAAAUAUGUGUUCUAAAGUGCUAUUAGCACUUGUAAAAUAUUAUAGAAUAUUAUCAAGCAUAAUUGUACAGGUAGCCCUAUAGUAAUAUUUCCUGGUGUUUAUAUUUAUUUCUUGGAGAUAUAAUCCUUAAUGCACUAAUGCCUUAAAGGUUAGCAAGUUCCUUCUUAUUCUGCAUAAGAAUAGUUUUUGAUGAUUCAGUAAAUAUUUAUUAUGUAUUUUGUUGAGUACUGUUUGUUCUUAAUUGAUAAUAAUGCCUCAUUCCAUGUUGUUGCGCAUGGUCUUUAUCACUUAAUUUCUAAAGACCUUCCAUAAAGAAGCCUUAUAAUAUCAUCUCUUUUAGCUUGACAAAACAAUCAGUUGCCAAAUUCCUUAUUCUAACUGUAUAUGGGUUGUACUUGUGUAAAAUAAACAUACUUGACAUAAGCAGAAUACCCAUGCUAUACUGAAAUUUGCUAUAGGAAGAAAUGCUACUAGAUGAGCCACCAUUGGUAAUAUUUUCCUGAAAUCUAGUUUGUUCACUUUUACAACUUGAACUCGGUCUUUAGUGUGAAGAAUUAAAAGAUAAAAGUUUGUCUUGGAACUUUUCAUGCUUGAAUGACUGCUCUCAGGAAGGCAGUCUUUUCCUGGAACCAAGAGAUAUAAAGAAAAUAUAUAUAAUCAAGUCCUUAUUUAAAAUAGGCAAAUAGAGUAUGAAUAUCUAGCUUACAGAUUGUUUUAAGAAUUAUAUUUAAAAAUAAUACAUAACGUUUAAAAUCCAUAAAACUGAAUUUAAGUAUAUGUUGCAUAGGAUAAUUGAAUAAUCUGGGGUGGGUGGGUUAUAAAAUCAUCUAUGCUUAAAUCAUUGGUAAAACACAGGAAAUUGACAUAUUAUUUUCUCAGUAAAUUUUGUUUUCAUUUAAUCCAAACAUGCUUAUUCUUCCGCUGGCACUUAAAUCAUAGCAUUUAGCUUUCACUUCUGAAGUAAACAAAAUAAGAAAAGGUUGCAAAAGAAAACUGUUCUAAUGUAUGAUAAAUAGUAUAGAUUUAUAUUUUUUAAAAAAAUCAAGUUUGAAAUUUGUUUUUGUUAAAAUGUAAAAACUGUACACUUAAUUUUUUUGACCAAAAUAUAAAAAUGUACAAAGCUUUCAAAAUUUUCUAUGUGCUAAAAUAGGCCAUGUAGUGUAAUUAUUUUGAACUACUCUUAUUUUACUCAUGUAAAAGUCACGGAAAAUAAUUGGAUUGGAGAUAGAUUACUUAAAUGCAAAUUAUAAACAGUUUAUUAAAAUAUUUUUGUGGAAAAACUGUAAAUACAAUUUCAUGUGAAACAGAUUUUGUCUGGGAAUAGAUGCUGUAAAUAAAACAAAAGUGAAGGGCUUGUAUAAUUAAUUUUGUAUUAUUCUCAGGACACUACUUUUAAAAGUAAUAUUUCUUACUUUUUAUAUAGCAUUUUAAAUGUAAUUUUAGCAUAUUUCUAUGCAAGCAUUAAAUAAGGAAACAAGUGUUAACAUAAUUGAAAAUACAUUUGUGCAAUAACCUAGGUUAUUCUUAUAAAGGAGAAAUGCAUAACAGCAUUUUAAAAGAGCUAUCCGAUGCAGUGAAUUAAAAUUUUGAGUCAGUUUGCAGGUAAUGCAGUGGGAAGAAUAUAAAUUGCAAUGCUAAAUCACAAUGACUUUGUGAAAAUAGCUUUAUAUACUUUAGGUCCAUUCCACAUAUAUUCAGUUGCUUGCUUAGAAAGUAUAUGUUUAAUAGCCCAAUCCUGUAAUUGUUUUGGAUGUAUGUAUACGCUUGGGGUCCUGAGCCAUCAGCAACAGUAAUGUUCUGCUAUGUUUGUAGGAAAAUUACACUGACAUAACAGCUAGUACAGUAUUUAGGAAGAGAUGUUAAAAGUUAAUGUUAUAACCAUUUAUUUCAUUUAAGAAUAUUAAAACUAAUUCUGCUGCCCUUCAUAUUUCAUUCAAAGAAUGUGGAAAAAAAUCAUUUUAAUGCUUAGUAUAUAAAGACUGAUUUACUGAAUUUUAUAUCUGAAUUGCAAAAUCCAAAAUUAUACCAAAGUCUUAAGAGUUUAGCUUACUUGUAAUUCAAACUCCUUAUAUUAAACUUAGCAUGGGAUUUUGAGAAAGACUAUAAACUUUAGUAAACUUUUUGAUAGUUGCACUAAGUUUAAGAGUCCAAUAUUGUGGAAAGCUCUGCAUUUUUUACUAGAACUAGUGUUUUCAUUAAGAAUAUGCUUAAUUUAAUAUUUUUAAGACUGUCAUGUAUUUAGUACAUAGCUACACAAACAACCAUGUACAACUUUUACGAUGCCAUAGUUGCUCAACAUUUUAUUUGAAGGCUUAAAGAUUUAAGUUAUGUUAAAAUGUUAUGCGCCCCUCUUUUGUCCAAUUAGUAUCCAGAGAAUGUUUUUCCCAUUAAUGUACUUCUCCCUUUUGUUUUGUUAGUGUACCAAAUGAAGUAGCUGGAAUUUUCUAUUUUUCUAAAAGCGUAUUAGAGGUUCAAUUUAUUUCUUCUAUAAUUAAAAAGAAAGCAAAAUAAUCAAAUGCUUAAGCAUUCUACCACUAAUAACUGCUCAAAAAAUAAUAGGAAAGAGUGGUGCAAUUGUCAAUAUUAUAGUUGCCAUUAUUAUGAUUCUGUACAUUUCUGUGUGUACAAAACAAAUUACAAAAAAUAUGCAUAGGUUUAGAACCCCCAAAUAAAAUUUAUCAUUAGCUAAUUA